AUGACCUUCCGUGCCCCUCUAAAUAACACAAAUUUAGAUACUGCAGAUGCAAUGAAAGCGGCGUUUAGAGAUCUGACAACAGUGGACAACUUAGUACAUGAUCCGGCGGACACCUUAAGUCCAAAGGAGGCAGUGAUUGCAAUUAGUACAAUUAGUAGAAGCCAAUUAGGUGCUUUAACGAAGCGAGUUUCAAACAUGUCAUCUAAACGAAAGUCACCACCGUCAAAAUUGCAAGAAGGUGCUGCCGACACAGAGAAGCCUGAGGCCGGACCAGCCAACCUGGACUUUCCGGACCAUCAGGAAUCAGACGACAACGAACAACACAGCUUUUACAAAUUCUCACCAAGUUCAUCCACCAGGAGUUCUAUUAGUGAAGAGGAAACGAAUUACGAAGACGAACGACCCUCAAAAAAGCAACGAUUUGAACAAACAUUAGACAUGACAAAUAAUCUUCUAGUCCCAACAUCUUUCUUAAGUCUACAUCAAGUCAAUGACCUUCAGGCACGAAGACGUGGCUCAUCAGAAUGCAGUAGUCCAGGAGCUGAAGCGAAAGUUUUGGGACUGUGUAACAAUAACAAUUCAUUGCUGAACCAUAACAGCGCGUUGUCGUUGAAUGCGCCCCAUAAAAGGUCUAUGGACGACGUUCUUAAAAGAUUAACGUCCAAAAUGAAUAACAGUACGAUUAAGGAGGAGAAGAGACCGACGCCUUCAACAACGCCCGUCAAACAAAACAAUGAUCGACGAGGAGUGCUCGACGCGGCUGCGCUGCAGGCCCUAGCAGGAGAGAGCGUGCUUGAGAAAGAGAGGCAGCUAUCCGAAAUGAUUCUACAAUUGCAAAUGGUGAGAGAACAGCUCCUAGCGCAGCAGGAACACGCAAAGAAUCCACAUUCGCUUACAACGUUAUGA